GAGGAGGAUUUUUUUUUUCUUUGCGCUGCAGCUGGGCUGCACCUCAAUGAAUGAAUUGGUGCACUGUGAGCCACCAUCAUCUCUCCACUGGAUAUCCAUUUGCUUUCAUCCCGAACAUAUGAAUCUGCUGAGAGGGAGCCUUUUGAGGAGUUGAAGAAGAGAGGUCGGAGAGAGAAAAUGGCACAGCGCGUGGUGUUCUUCUUGUUCCUGUGGCUCUUUGAGCAGUCGUCCGCAGGCUUCCCCAAUCAAAUUAACAUCGGGGGGCUGUUCAUGCGCUCCACGGUGCAGGAGCACAGCGCGUUCAGGUUCGCUGUCCAACUCUACAACACCAACCAGAACACCACCGAGAAGCCGUUUCAUCUCAACUACAACGUGGACAACCUGGAGUCGUCCAACAGCUUCUCGGUCACGCAUGCAUCUCUGUCUGUCUGGCUGCUGCAGCUGUGUCCUUCUAACCCCUUCAUGACAUGGUCAGAACGGCCCCUUGGCUCCCCCGUCUGCCAGAGCGUCUCCAACUGCUCCGUCCUCUGA